CGUGACUCUAGUUGCUGGCCCAUGCAACAGUCGAUGGACGGGAAUUAGAAACCUAUCCUGUGUACUCACAGACUUGACUCCGCUCUUACCUCUCUCCCACCCCUCCCACCUCGACCAGUGACACCGCGCUCGUGUGGAAGAUCCUUCGACCGCUGGAAUCCCUACAAGCCAUUUGCUGAAUCUGCGCUCUCCACCUUCCUACACAACCAUGGCGAUGCCUGCCCCGCAACUUGGCCACUUUGGCUUGCCCAGGACUCUCAAUGAGCCCAUGCGCAACUAUGAGCCGAAAUCGUCUGACCGAGCUGGUCUGCAAGCGGCUGUGGACUCGAUGCUCGCUUCUGCUCCCUUUGACGUUCCACUGAUCAUCAACGGUCAGGCCGUCCAGUCUGGCAAGACGGCACAACAAUUGAACCCGAGCAAUCAUUCUCAGGCACUGUGUCGCUAUCAGGAAGCUGAUGCGAACUUGACCCGCAAGGCCAUCGAUGGCGCUUUGGCUGCCAAGAAGGAUUGGGAAGCCAUGCCUUUUGCGGAUAGGGCCGCCAUCUUCCUGAAAGCGGCGGACCUCAUCGCUGGCAAGUACCGCUUUCCUCUCAUGGCUGCCACGAUGCUCGGCCAGGGAAAGAACGUGUGGCAAGCAGAGAUUGAUGCGGCAGCAGAAACCUGUGACUUCUUGCGAUUCGGCGUCAAGUUCGUCGAUGAGCUCUACAAAGUGCAACCGUCCGAACACGCAAAGGGAAUGUACAACCGAAUGGAGUACAGAGCUCUCGAAGGCUUCAUCUUUGCCAUCUCUCCUUUCAACUUCACUGCCAUCGCAGCCAACCUUGUCGGCGUACCAACACUAGUGGGCAACGUUGCCGUUUGGAAGCCGAGCCCCAUGGCCAUUUACAGCAACUAUCUGAUCUACAAGAUCUUUGAAGAGGCUGGCAUGCCACCCGGCGUCAUCCAAUUUGUGCCCGGACCCGCAGAGGAGAUUGCCACUGCAGCAAUCGAGCACAAGUUUUUCGCAGGCCUGCACUUUACCGGCUCCACUCACGUCUUCCGACACUUGUGGAAGCAGAUUGCGUCCAACAUGGACAAGUAUACUGGGUACCCGCGCAUCGUCGGAGAGACAGGAGGAAAGAACUUUCACCUCGUUCAUCCGAGCGCCGAUGUCGACACAGCUGUGCACCAAGCCGUUCGAGGCGCGUUCGAGUAUCAAGGACAGAAGUGCAGCGCGCUCAGCAGGCUCUACGUCCCUCAAAGUCUGUGGUCCAAGCCUGGAGGAUUCAAGGAAAAGCUUUUGGCGAGUUUGCAAAGCAUCUCGCAGGGUCCAGUCGAGGACUUCAAGCAUUUCAUGGGCCCAGUCAUUGCCAAGCACAGCUUUGACAAGAUCAUCAGCCUGAUUGAAGCUGCCAAGAAGGAUGGAGGGAAAAUCAUUGCUGGAGGGACCGGCGAUGAUUCAAAAGGCUUCUACGUCAAGCCCACUGUCAUUGAGACCACCGACCCGCGCAGCGUUACGAUGAUCAACGAGAUUUUUGGUCCAGUCGUUACUAUUUAUGCAUACCCGGACAACGAGUUUGAAGAGACGUGCCACCUCAUCGACACGACUACCGAGUAUGCGCUCACCGGAAGCAUCUUUGCGCAGGAUCGAUCAGCAGUGGUGAAAGCGACGAAUCUGCUGAGAAACUCGAGCGGCAUGUUCUACAUCAACGGCAAGUGCACCGGUGCAGUCGUCGGUCAGCAGCCCUUUGGUGGUGCCAGAGCCAGCGGAACCAACGACAAGGCCGGAUCCAUGCAGGUCUUUUUGAGGUUUGUUAGCGCAAGAACCAUUUCAGAAUCCUUCUUGCCUAUCGACACGCACCUCUAUCCUAGCAACUUGGUGUGAGCUGCCUGCGCUGGACCAUGCAUCCAUUCCGCGUCUGCUGUGCACGCCUCUCUCUCUCUCUCUCUCUCUCUCUCUCUCUCUCUCUCUCUCUUCCUGCUCCCACGUUCCGACAAUUGUAUCGAGUAUCUAACAGCAUUGCGUCACAGCCGCCGGAUCGCGCGCCUUAACACUGCGAUCACUCAAUCUACCUGUAAACUUCACGCUCGUCAUCAUCACCACCACCCAUCUCUUGUCGACGCAUUACUGGUGACCGACCGCACUUGUAUUCACACAUCGUCGCCGAGUCACGCGCCUUAACACUGUGGCUGUUUUUUUUUUUCCCUCUCCAAAGAAUUCGUAGCUAG